GUUCCCUUUGAGGGUUGACUGACGGUUUCUAUUCCCCCCCUCUCCGAGGAGGUCCCGGGUUCCCAAGAGUCUCUCCAGUCUAGCUUCUGGGUGAUAGUGACGCCUCUGCCCUUCACAGCUCUAGGGCAACAAGCCCCUCAGCAAACACCCCUCCCUUCCACCUUGGCUGCCUCAGCAACACUUAGGAGGGCCUGGGAACCGCUUAGCUGAUCCCAGGCCCCACUUAACCACUGGAGGCCGCGCCUAGUCCUGCUCCACCCCGCGGGAAAUGGGGGCGUGGCCCCUCCGACGCUAGGUGCAUCUGGCAGGUGAGCACUGACUGAGGCUGAAUGGAGCUCAAGUGUUGAUUCCGCCCCUGGGACCCUCCAGCUCAACUGCCUCGAAUAGCCGGAGUCGGCCUGAGUCUCUCCAUCACUAGCUCUCCAAGGAUGCCCCUGCGGCGGCUGCUUCUGCUUUUGUGGCUUCUGCCACUCGAGAGGGCGGAGACAGACUCUCAGGGGCAGACGACCGGGGAGCUGUACCAGAGCUGGGAGCGCUACCGCCAGAAGUGUCAGAAGGCCCUGGAGGUCGCAGACCCUCCCUCAGGCCUGGCUUGUAACGGAUCCUUCGAUAUGUACGUCUGUUGGAACUACACGGAGGCCAACACUACCGCUCGGGUGUCCUGCCCCUGGUAUCUGCCUUGGCACCGCCACGUGGCUGCAGGCUUCGUGUUCCGCCAGUGUGACAGCGAUGGCCAGUGGGGUACUUGGAGAGAUCACACUCAGUGUGAAAAUCCAGAAAAGAACGGGGCCUUUCAGGACCAAAAGCUGAUCCUGGAGCGCCUGCAGAUCAUGUAUACAGUCGGCUACUCCCUGUCCCUGGCCACUCUGCUGCUAGCCUUGCUCAUCUUAAGUUUGUUCAGGCGGCUGCACUGCACCCGUAAUUACAUUCACAUGAACCUGUUCACGUCUUUCAUGCUGCGGGCAGCGGCCAUCCUCACCAGAGACCGGCUGCUGCCUCCACUGGGCCCCUACACGGAGGACCAGACUCCUACCCUGUGGAAUCAGGCCCUAGCUGCCUGCCGCACGGCCCAGAUAGUGACCCAGUACUGUGUGGGUGCCAACUACACCUGGCUGCUGGUGGAGGGUGUGUACUUGCACCAUCUGCUGGUGAUCGUGGGAGGCUCAGAAAAGGGCCACUUCCGCUGCUAUCUGCUUCUUGGCUGGGGGGCCCCCGCGCUUUUCGUCAUUCCCUGGGUGAUCGUCAGGUACCUGUACGAGGACACACAGUGCUGGGAGCGCAACGACGUCAAAGCCAUUUGGUGGAUCAUUCGCACCCCGAUCCUAAUAACCAUCUUGAUCAAUUUCCUCAUCUUCAUCCGCAUCCUUAGUAUCCUUGUGUCAAAGCUGAGGACGCGGCAGAUGCGCUGCCCCGACUACCGACUAAGGCUGGCUCGCUCCACGCUGACGCUGGUGCCCCUGUUGGGGGUCCACGAGGUGGUGUUUGCUCCUGUGACGGAGGAACAGGCUGAAGGCGCCCUACGCUUCGCCAAACUGGCCUUUGAAAUCUUCCUAAGUUCCUUCCAGGGGUUCCUGGUGAGCGUGCUCUACUGCUUCAUCAACAAAGAGGUGCAGUCGGAGAUCCGCCGGGCUUGGCGCCACCGCCGCCUGCGUCUCAGCCUCCGCGAGGAGCGUCCCGGUGCGCACGUGGAGCUCGGACCCCCGGCCGUGCCCUCGGGCUCUGCCCCCCGGGAGGCCACCCUCGGCAACGCCUUGCCCUCUGGGAUGCUGCAUGUACCUGGGGAUGAGGUCUUAGAAAGCUACUGCUAGGUAACGGGACCCCUGUGUCUGUACAGUUAGCAUGUAUUGAGUGCCUACUGUGUACCAGUCUCAGUGUGGGGAAUGCUGGGGAAACGG